GUGAUGCAUUUCAUGUGACAUUGGAGAACUGUGGAUUUACGAUGAUGGAGCCUUUGGUUGGUCGUCCCACUGGGGACAGAGGCUCUUUGAGGGACAACAUUGCAUCCUGCUGUUCGUACAGCACCCUUAAGAAGUACCUGCCUAUUCUGACCUGGUUGCCCAAGUACAGGCUCGGCUGGUUGAAGAUGGAUCUGAUUGCAGGACUUACAGUGGGACUGACAGCUGUCCCACAGGCUUUAGCCUACGCUGAGGUGGCUGGUUUACCUGUACAGUAUGGCUUGUAUUCAGCCUUCAUGGGUUGCUUUAUCUACUGUGUCUUCGGCACAUCGAAGGACGUCACUCUGGGCCCUACAGCCAUAAUGUCUUUACUGUGUUCCUUUUACAUUGAGGGUGACCCUAUCUAUGCUGUGUUGUUGACCUUCUUGUGCGGGAUCAUCCAGGCCGGCAUGGCUAUCCUCAGACUUGGUUUUCUGCUGGAUUUCAUCUCAUAUCCAGUUAUCAAGGGGUUCACUUGUGCAGCUGCUGUCACUAUUGGCUUUGGCCAGGUCAAGAAUAUUCUUGGUCUGAAAAACAUUCCACAUCAGUUCUUCUUGCAAGUCUACUACGUAUUCCAUGGGAUACCCGAGGCCAGGGUAGGAGAUGUUAUUCUUGGUCUGUCCUGUCUGCUUGUCCUUGUGAUGCUGACAUGGAUGAAGAGUCAUCUGGAACCCAUUCCACCAGAUCCACCCACUCAUGUGCACGCAGCCAGGGGCUUAGUGUGGAGCGUUGCUACCAUUCGAAACGCGCUUGUUGUCAUAGCUGCAACAGUUUUCGCGUACUCCUUGGAAGUUUCCGGAUAUCACUUCCUGACGCUCACAGGAAGAACCACAGAUGGGCUUCCUCCUUUCAGGCCCCCGCCCUUUUCAGAGAGGACUGACAACGGCACGGUCAUAUCUUUCAGUGAGAUAGUAAUGGACGUGGGUGGGGGCUUGAUAGUUAUACCACUGAUGGGUGUGCUGGAGAGCAUUGCCAUAGCAAAGGCCUUUGCCAGUAAGAAUGACUAUCGCAUUGAUGCCAACCAGGAGCUCUUUGCAAUUGGGCUCACAAACAUCAUGGGCUCUUUUGUCUCUGCUUACCCUGUCACUGGCAGCUUUGGAAGAACUGCCGUUAACUCCCAGACAGGGGUGUGUACUCCUGCAGGGGGCAUUGUGACAGGUGUAAUAGUGCUGCUCUCUCUGGCCUUUCUCAUGCCUCUCUUCUACUACAUUCCCAAAGCCUCUCUGGCUGCAGUCAUCAUUUGUGCUGUCACGCCCAUGAUUGACUACCGUGUGGUCAAAGAGCUCUGGAGAGUCAGAAGACUUGACCUCUUGCCUUUUCUUGUCACCUUCUUGGUCAGUUUUUGGGAAGUGCAGUAUGGUAUUGUUGGAGGGAUAAUUUUGUCAGGAUUCAUGCUGCUCUACCUCUUAGCCAGACCCAAAUUAAAGGUAACCGACCAUGGGGUCCUGGUGAUGGAGUUGGACAGUGGAUUAAAUUUUCCAGCAUCGGAGUACAUCUGUCACCACAUCUACACACAGGCCUUACAGGUGUCCCCACCUCGCUGUGUGGUGCUGGACUGCCACCAUGUCUGUGGAAUAGACUGCACUGUCGUCAAUCAACUCAGAGACCUGCUCAGACAGUUUAAACUCCAGAAUGUCUCGCUUGUCUUCGUAGGCCUAAAGCAUUCGGUUUUGGAUGUAUUGUUGGCAGCAGACUUACCAGGCUUAAAGCACACCGACAGUGUGGAGGCAGGACUGCAGAUCUUGUCCAGUAACACACACUACGACUGACGCUAUGACAAACCUUCAGCCAUCAAACAGACCACUGAACCAACAGUGGUUGAAUAACCUUGUGAAAUACCUCAAACCAGCAAGCAAAUAACUGACAAAGUAGUUUUUUCUGCAUAUAUAUACUGAGUUAACCAAUUUGAAGUGGACAGAAAUCUACACCGUCAAACCCACAGAUGAAAACUCAUCAUCUUAAAAUAACUCAGUGUCUUCUUGCAUAUCUUUGACAGUCAUCUAUGGGGAGACCAUAGAUGGCACCUGCAUGUGAGAAGAGAAAGACUGCACUGUGUGCUUAUUCCCUUUCACAGAGGGCAGAACAUGAAGGGCAGGAUGGCUCCUGGCUACUCCUAAGGAACUGAAGGAGAC